AAUGAAAAUCCCCAUCAACUAAAAUCCCGGUCCAUGCCCCCUUGUUCAUCCCCUGCUCCUGUUAAUCACUGAUACUGAUAGUGUUCUAAUUUCUAAACGAAAUCCUUCACCGGCACAUAUGUCCUGAUUCUUGAGGUUUUGGCUUUCACUUAAAUCAAGUCUCCACUCCACUCACUCACUCACUCACUCCUCGCUGCCUCCUAGGGUUCUAAGCAAUCAGUAAUUUCCUUCUUUUCAAUUGAAUUAUGGUAACAUGGCAAAAUUGAUCCGACAGCAAGUAGAAAUAUAGUGCUGAUAUAGAAAAAUCAAUAUACCGAUCAAAAUGGCGUGUGUGUACAUUCCGGUGCAGAACUCGGAGGAGGAGGUUAGGGUGGCGCUGGACCAGCUUCCCCGCGACGCCUCCGACAUCCUCGACAUUCUCAAGGCCGAGCAAGCCCCUCUUGACCUCUGGCUCAUCAUCGCCAGGGAGUACUUCAAACAAGGCAAGAUUGAGCAGUUUCGCCAGAUACUGGAAGAAGGAUCUAGUCCUGAAAUUGAUGAAUAUUAUGCAGAUGUGAGGUAUGAGAGGAUUGCGAUCCUCAAUGCUUUAGGUGCAUAUUAUAGUUAUCUUGGAAAAAUCGAGACGAAGCAGAGAGAAAAGGAAGACCAUUUUAUUAUGGCAACACAGUACUACAAUAAAGCGUCAAGAAUAGACAUGCACGAGCCUUCUACCUGGAUUGGAAAAGGCCAACUUUUACUGGCCAAGGGUGAUGUAGAACAAGCAUUCGCUGCCUUCAAGAUUGUAUUGGAUGGAGAUCGGGAUAAUGUUCCUGCGCUUCUGGGUCAGGCAUGUGUCCACUUCAGCCGAGGACGAUAUUCUGAUUCAUUGGAGUUAUAUAAGAGGGCCUUGCAAGUUUUUCCUCAGUGCCCUGCUGCUGUAAGGCUUGGAAUAGGUCUUUGUCGCUAUAAAUUAGGUCAAACGGAAAAGGCAAAGCAAGCAUUCGAACGCGUUUUGCAGUUAGAUCCAGAAAAUGCUGAAGCUCUUGUUGCUCUUGGUAUUUUGGAUUUGCAAACUAAGGAUGCUGCCAACAGUAGGUUGGGAAUGGUGAAAAUCCAAAGGGCAUUUGAAAUAUAUCCCUAUUCUGCGAUGUCACUGAAUUAUCUGGCAAAUCAUUUCUUCUUUACUGGUAAACAUUCCACAGUCGAGAAACUGACAGAAACGGCACUUGCUGUGACUAAUCAUGGUCCAACUAAGUCACAUUCUUAUUACAAUCUGGCGCGAUCAUACCACAGCAAGGGUGACUAUGAAAAAGCUGGAAUGUACUACAUGGCUUCUGUGAAGGAGAUUAAUAAGCCUCAUGAAUUUGUGUUACCUUAUUACGGUUUGGGACAAGUUCAGCUGAAGUUGGGUGAUCUUAAGAGUGCCCUGGCAAAUUUUGAAAAGGUCCUGGAAGUUUACCCUGAUAAUUGUGAGGCGCUAAAAGCUCUUGGGCACAUUUAUAUCCAGCUUGGUCAAACUGAGAAGGCUUAUGAAUUUAUCAAAAAGGCUUCUAAAAUUGAUCCUCGUGAUCCUGAGGCUUUUCUAGAUCUGGGGGAGUUAUUAAUUUCCACUGAUGCUGGUGCUGCUCUGGAUGCGUUUAAAACUGCUCGUAACCUAUUUGAAAAGAGAGGGAAAGAAGAAGAGGCAGACGAGAAGAAAGGGGGAGAAGUGCCUGUAGAGCUUCUGAACAACAUUGGUGUUCUACAUUUUGAGAGGGGAGAAUUUAAGCUUGCUGAACAAGCGUUCAAGGAUGCUUUAGGCAAUGGCAUAUGGCUUAGUUUUCUUGAAGCUAAGCCACAGCUUGUUUCCAAGAAUCAAGAAGCAGCAGAUACCAAUACAAAAGCUUCAAACGGUGAAGGAAUACAAAAUCCUCGCCAUGAAGCAAAAUCCAAUAAUCUCAAAAGUGCACAAUACCCAAUUGAUGCCACUGCAUCUGUACAUCUAUACAAAGACUUUAACUUGUUUGUUCGACUUGAAGGACAGGGUAUUCCUGUUGAAGUUCCUUAUAAUAAAGUUUCAACAAUAUUCAACCUGGCUAGAUUGUUGGAGCAGUUGCAUUCCAUUGAAACGGCCAGCAUUUUGUACCGACUAAUUCUAUACAAGUACCCAGAAUAUGUAGAUGCUUACCUGAGGCUUGCCGCUAUUGCAAAAUCUCGAAAUGAUGUUCAAACUAGUACUGAACUGAUUGCAGAUGCUCGCAAGGUGGAUGAGAAGUGUCAAGAUGCAUUAUUGAUGCUCGGUGACCUUGAGCUCAAGAAUGAUGACUGGGUUAAGGCAAAAGAAACUUUCCGUGCAGCUAAGGACAUGGCUAAUGGAAAUGAUUCUUAUGCUUCUCUUUGUCUGGGCAAUUGGAACUAUUUUGCAGCAAUUCGUUCAGAGAAAAGAGCACCUAAGUUGGAAGCUACCCACCUGGAGAAGGCUAAAGAACUUUACACAAAAGUUCUACUCCAGCAUACUGGUAAUCUAUUUGCAGCUAAUGGUGCUGGAGUUGUAUUGGCAGAAAAAGGUCAAUUUGAUAUUGCAAAGGAACUUUUCACCCAGGUGCAAGAAGCUGCAAGUGGAAGUGUUUUUGUCCAGAUGCCAGAUGUGUGGAUAAAUCUUGCUCACGUCCACUUUGCUCAAGGAGACUUUGCAUUGGCUGUGAAAAUGUAUGAGAAUUGCUUAAAGAAGUUUUACUACAACACAGACAGUCAAGUUCUUCUUUAUUUAGCACGGACACAUUAUGAAGCUGAGCAGUGGCAAGACUGUAAAAAGACUUUAUUAAGAGCUAUUCAUUUGGCACCUUCAAAUUACACAUUAAGGUUUGACAUCGGUGUAGCACUGCAGAAGUUUUCUGCAUCAACAUUACAGAAGACAAAAAGGACUGUGGACGAGGUACGGUCAACUGUCACUGAGCUUAAGAAUGCAGUUCGCAUAUUCAGCCUGUUGUCUGCUGCUUCAAAUCUCCACAUUCAUGGAUUUGAUGAGAAAAAGAUUGAAACUCAUGUUGAGUAUUGCAAGCACUUACUUGAGGCUGCAAAAGUUCAUUGUGAGGCAGCUGAACGUGAAGACCAGCAAAAUAAGCAGCGAAUAGAACUUGCUAAGCAGGUUAAGGAGGCUGAGGAAAACCGGAAAAGAGCCGAAGAGCAGAGAAAAUCUCAAUUGGAGAAAAGAAAACAAGAGGAUGAACACAAACAAGUGAUGCAACAAGAGGAGCAUUUAUUGCGCAUAAAGGAGCAAUGGAAGAACACUGCUCCGGCCUCUAAGCGAAAGGACAGGCCUCAGACUGAAGAUGAGGAGGGUGGUGAGAGGAGGAGGAGAAAAGGAGGAAAAAGAAGAAAGAAGGAAAAGAAGUCACGGCAUGGAUCUGAAGAACCGUUAGCAGAUGCUGAUGAUCAGGAAGAAAUAGAUGAUGAAGAUUCCAAUGUAAACUUGAAAGAGCCUCAUUAUCAAGUUGAUCACGUUGACCAAGCAGAAAAUAAUCCUCAGGAUCUUCUUGCAGCAGCAGGUCUUGAUGAUUCUGAUGCAGAGGAUGAUGCCGUUGCCCCUACAUCUAAUACAAACCGACAGAGGCAAGCAUGGUCAGAGUCAGAGGAAGAUGAAUCAUUCCAGAUGCAGGCAGUGUCUGAUCAUGCUGUUGGGGUACCAGAUAGUGAUGCAGAAGCUGGAGGUCAUGAUGAAAGGCUGCAUGGUGACGUUUCUGUUGAUGAUGAAUAAUGAGAUCAACCCUUGCGUUAAAGUCUCUGUUUAUCAUGAAAUCUGAAGACAAGGUUGGCGCGUCCUUUCAUUUUCAGAACCAGGUAGAACUGAUCUUUCUUUCUAAUGCUUUGCGAGUCGGGUACCCUUGCAGAUAUAAGAUGGCCUCUCAAAGCUUGUAAUUUUGUUGUUCUGAAGGUCCCUAUUCUUUAACAUUGUUGAUGAGCCAUGAUGUCUAAAGUUACUUGAGACUUCUUCUUAUUUAGAAAACAUAGUAACAUAUUGUAAAUAUGUGGGUUCAUAGACUCUUUUUUUUUUUUUGUGCCCCUUUUUGGGUGUCUGUAUGUCCUAUUUUCUACAGAAACACGAGAAUGGUACAAGCCAAUGAGCAAGAAAAUAUGAUGGCAUGUAGUUCAGUAGUUAAAACUGUGAGAUUGGUCCAGGUAUCUUUCUAGUACCCCAUGUUGCCAUAGACUUUAGGCUUUUAGUCUUGCAAUGCCGUUGAUUAAGACAGGAACAGAUCUCCAAUGGUCAACCGACUGUGCUUGCCUA